AUGAGACGUCAAACUGCUGCCAUCUAUGCCCUCAUUGGUCUUCUCGCCGUAUUUGUGCUCCAAGGAUCAACUGAAACCACUACUGCAUCUCCAGCUGCAGAUGAUGCUGGUACGGUCGCCCCUAACGUCGGCGCUGCUGGCACAACUGCUACUCCAUCAACUGCAAAAGAAUCAGCAACUGAUCCACCACCGGCUGGAACUCCAGCUCCUGAAAAAGCCGCUGAAGCUGAAGCAGCUGAAGCAACUGUAGCAUCAUUCACUCCGAUCUACUCAACCUUGGCUGCUUUUGCCAUUGUGUUGGCUCAUGCUCUCUGA